AUGGCAAAGGAGUUUGAUUGGAAGGCUACCCAGCCCGGUCGGUGGGAGAGGGAUGUCGACGAGAUUGAACAAUUCUACUCAUCGCUCGCCAAGUACUUUGCAGGGACCGGGCGAGUCUUCUUUGCCAUGACGGGUUUUGUCUCACUGUCUGUUCCUGUCGAGUCCGGUUCGUCGCUGCAGGAAACAGAGGCAAAGGUCGAAAAGGCACUGGCCAAGGCGUGGCUUCGUCUGCGAUAUGAUCACCCUACCAUUGCGUCUAGAGUUCAGUAUAACGGCGCCGAAUCAAAGUAUCAGAAGAUUUAUGAGACUUUCAGCGACUCAAAUUCGCAGGAUAAAUGGGUGAAGGAGACGUUCCGCAUCGUGGAAGAGAGGGUUUCAGGGCUCGACUGGUGCAACUCCGACCCGCCAGUGCCUGAUCUGCCUACGCUGUUCCUCGUCAAGCCCCCAUCUACAGAGAAAACGUUCCACGCCGACCUCGUCCUCCGCUCACACCACGACAUCAUUGACGGCAUGGGCACGCUUCUCCUCUUCAACAACCUCUUCACCCACGCGGCGCAAGCCUACGAGAUCCCCGAUAGCGCAACGCCCGUGUUUGGCGACGAGCACAAGAACCUCAGCCCUCCACUACGUGUCGCCGCCGGGCUCGCCGCAACCCUCGAGCCGGAACUCGAAAACACCAUAAAGGACGUCCUCGAAUACAACGCCGCGCUGUCAAAGGGCGUCGAGCUCGCCAGCCCCCCGUUCAACAAGGCGAAUCCCACCCCCGGAAAGCACCAGCGGGUUGCUGUCACACUCUCCGCUGAAACAACAGCCAAACUCCAGGUUCAAUGCCGCAGCCUCAGCCUCAGCGUCACACACGCCUACCACGCCGCCGUCGCCCUCGCCGUCCGCGAUCUCCAGGAGCGCAAAGCCACCGAGCGCUCCGUCCGGUAUAUCAGCUACUGCCUGAUCAACGAGCGGAACCACUGCAACGCGCCCUACGGGACAGCAGCGCAUCCGGUCUCCGUGUAUCACUCCGUCUCCGGCCGCGGCCUCGCCGUCGACCUCACCGUCCCCGCAACCGGAUCUACCUUGGCAAAGACCAGCAAAGAUGAAUUCCUCCCCAUCGCACAGUACAUGCGCGACUACUACAUUGCAAUCCGCAACAACACCGACCACAUCAAACUCGUUCCCGCAUACUGGGCGAUGAAGAUCCUCCCGCGACCCAGGGAGGACCCGCCCGCGAUCCCGCCGCGAAAUGAGACCCCCUCUGCGUCGAUUUCGAGUAUGGGCGUGCUGGACAAUGUUAUUCGGCAUCAGUAUGGCAGUUUUAGUGUUGAUAGCCCGUGGGUCACGGGCGAGGAGCUGGGGACCGGGCUCGGGUUGUUUUUGGAUACGUGGAAGGGGAGACUUACGCUGAGUGCGGCGUAUAAUGAUGCGUGGCAUGGCAAGGAGGAGGUUAUGGGUGUUUUGGGGAGGUGUAAUGAUAUCGUUCUUGGGGCGCUGGGGGUGGUGUAA